AGCAUCAAGCCUGACGACAGGGCAUAGCUUGCAAUCAUCAACCACAUCUACCAUCGACGAAGCUGCCAACCACCACCACAGAAACCCCGCAGCCAUGGCCGCCAUGUUCAGUCAGAACCCGCUCAUGAACGGGCCCAACUAUUCAUUCUCAGACGCUCCCAAGACAGCUCGGGGCGAGCCUCGAGAGCAUGCCUUCAACCCCUAUACCGACAAUGGCGGCUCUACUCUAGCCAUCUCGGGCGCCGAUUUCACCAUCAUGGCCGGCGACACUCGCCACACCAGCGGUUACAGCAUCAACUCCCGGAUGUCCCCGAAGGUCUUCAAGAUCGGUGGCACUACUGCCAACCAGGACGAUGCUACCAUAGUUCUAUCUGUCUGCGGAUUUGCCGCCGAUGGCGAGGCCCUGCGUGAUCGUCUGGAUACCAUCUGCAAGAUCUAUCGCUACCGACAUGGCAAGCCAAUGUCCCUCAACGCAUGUGCCAAGCGCCUAUCCACCAUUCUCUACCAGAAGCGAUUCUUCCCAUACUACACGCAUGCCAUGCUUGGUGGCCUUGACGACGAGGGCAAGGGUGCUGUGUACUCCUACGACCCGGUUGGAAGCUACGAGAGGGAGCAAUGUCGAGCUGGAGGAGCUGCGGGUAGCUUGAUCAUGCCUUUCCUGGACAACCAGGUCAACUUCAAGAACCAGUACAUUCCCGGCAGCGGAGAGGGCCACGAUCUGAAGGAGAGAGAGCGUCGUACAUUGUCACGGCCGCAGGUUGAGACUAUUGUGAAGGACGCCUUUGAUGGUGCUGUGGAGCGUCACAUUGAGGUUGGUGACACUCUGCAGAUGUUGAUUAUCACAAAGGAGGGAAUCGAAGAGGUCUUUUUGCCUCUAAAGAAGGACUAGAUGCGUGUUUUGUUUUCUAUUGUUUGUUGAAAUGCGUAACGAUGUAUAGUAGCCGUUCAGAACGAAUGCCCGAAGAAGGCUGGAUUUGGACGCACCCCUGGACUCUUCCCCCGCGUGACCAUAAAUUCUCUUAUCAAUCUCCGCUUCAGAAUAUGUAUGUAGCCACGCAGCCCACGAUGACACCACCCACACAGGUAGAUCUAGAACCAAAGGCGGUGUACACCACCAAAAAUGGUUUGUAGGAUUUCGGCAGUACAAGUGUGUACCGUAGUCUACAUGUACUUGCAAUAUAUCGCCUCCACAUCCAUCACCAAAGUUUGCACUCGUUACGAGCUCUGAGUGGCGGCGAGGUGCUUCCAGCUCCACCGAGAGUCUGAUCAGCAAGGAGGAG